CUGCGCAUUAAUGUUUCAUGUCGGAAUAUUUCUUGGUGCGGACGGCCUUUACCGGAAGUAGUCACCAAGCAGCCUGGGAAGAAACAAAAGGAGAAAUUAGCGUCUUUUCACUUUUUCUGCACCAACAUUCUUGCAACAACUACUCUCUACUAAUAAUAAAAAUGACGGACAGGUACAACAUCCACAGCCAGCUGGAGCACCUGCAGUCCAAGUACAUCGGCACGGGCCACGCAGACACCAGCAAGUGGGAGUGGCUUGUCAACCAGCACCGAGACUCCUACUGCUCCUACAUGGGACACUUUGACCUGCUCAACUACUUCUCUGUGGCCGAGAACGAGAGCAAGGCCCGUGUGCGCUUCAACCUGAUGGAGAAGAUGCUGCAGCCCUGCGGACCUCCUGCUGACAAGCCUGACGACUCCUGAACACACCGGGAUCACUCUCUACCUGCUUGGUUAUUAACUGACCUCACACCUGGAUCGUUCAGAGGCCCUCCGUCUAGUUCUGGUUUCAUUCUCCGAAUGUGUGUGCUUUGUUACAGCAGUCCUUCAUGGCCAUGCAGAGGAGAAGAAUGCAAGUUUAUGUUUUGAACGACCAUCUCGCUCAUUAGUUGAUUAAAAGAUGUUUUUUCUACCUAACUAAA